UGCCUCAAGGUCUCACGCUGACGAUGUUUUGAUCAUAAAUUUUCGUGUAUUUUACGCUCAGCCUCCUGCACUGUUAAACAUGUGCAAUUCGUUACGUAACUUAUAUUAAUAAUAUGUGGAAAAUUAUUACGUCCUUAUCAAGAGGUUUCAGACAGGGUUGGCAACCAAGUGGCAGUGCUUUGUGGCAGAGUCCACAGGCACAACAGCCUUUGACAAGCACCGGUGAAGGUUCAUUAAACCCUAACACAGUUGCUUCAACUACUACUUGCAAGGGCCAUGAUCGUCACCUUGCCAGACUUGGAGAUGAUUCCCAUACGCAUAGGGAGAGCAGUGGAGCUAAAGGCAAUAAGCAGAACAGUUUCCAGCAGGAUAACUGGCAGUCAGCCUUUCAGCUUCAUCAGAGACUUUAUGGAGCAUUGAGAUGGGGAGCAGCAUUUGUGCUUUGCAUGCAACUCUGGAGGCCACUACACAUUCACAGGCCGUGUGACAAAGAAAAGAAAAAGCCAUGUAUUUUCAAGACUUUAGUUGCCUUUACACAACCUCAGGGCAUCCGCAGGGCUAUUCUUCCGCAGAAUAGCAGGUCUACACAAAAGCACAAUCAAAAUUACUCUACUGCCGACGAACCGAGAGGAAAUUCCUCUGUUUUACAAAAGACUAAUACAGCUGGCAAGAAGGAAGGUGAUGAUCACUUUAAGGCUGUCAAACUGAAAUUGGCUCAUGGCACCAAUAUUGUUCACAACGUCAUUGGACUGCAGUUGGUUCAGGGUAGCAAAUUUGAAUCGGCUGUGAAGUGGUUUGAGACGGCCAGCCAGGAUGGCUACAGCAAGGCUCAGUAUAAUCUUGGCGUCUGCUACGAACAGGGACUUGGUGUCAAGCAGGAUGUGAAAAAGGCAGCAGAAUUCUACCACCAGGCGGCUCAGCGAGGCCAUGCGAUGGCUCAGUAUAACCUAGGGGUUCUCUUUCUUGAUGAGCAGUUCGGGAGAUCUGAGGCGGAAGCACUAGAGCUACUAAAGAAGGCUGCAUCUGGUGGUGUAAUUCAGGCACAGUCCUAUGUUGGAGUACAAUGCUUGGAGACACAUGACUACGACACAGCUUUCUCCCUGCUGAAAACUGCCACUGAGCAUAAGGAUCAGGAGCACCGUACUACCUGGGCAUGUGUUACGAGAAUGGCUGGGGCACUGCGGCAGAUCUGCAGCAGCGGCAGCGGAACUGUACUCAAAAGGCGGCGAAUGAUGGCCAUACUUGCUGCUACUCACAGCCUUGGUUAUUUCUAUGAGCACGGCUUGGGAGUCACACUGUACCUGUUCGCUGACGGUUACAUUGCAAACUGGUGCUAUUUGUAUGAUGCCUAA